AAUUGCCUAUAGUUAGCACGUGACCCAAACAACUGGUAGCAGGUGUCGGGGCGACGUGGCAUUCUGUGUCAACUGCUUAGAUGCCUAUGGCCUGUGCUGCACAGAAAAUGACAGCGUUAACGACCAUUUUAUAAACUAUGGGCUGUACAGUGUCACAGCUGUUGGCACUAAGAGUUAGAGAAAGGCCUUUUACUCCGUGGCAGUGCAACAGGAAAAGUUUGGGAACAGUUUUAGUUCUCUAUAGCAUUGCACAUGGAUGCACAGCAUGAAUAUUCAUUAGUACCAACCAUGGAUUUUGAUGAUUUAUAUUCCGAUAAAAAUAAGCACCUCGCAUUGCCAUGGGAAGAUUCAAUGGGUAUGACUGUGACAUCCGGGAGUGUUAGUUUGAAGAAGGACACUCAAAAUUUGAUUGGCAUCAGCAUAGGUGGUGGUGCUCCACUCUGCCCAUGCCUGUAUGUGGUUCAGGUCUUUGAUAACACACCUGCUGCCAGGGAUGGCUCUUUAGCAGCAGGUGAUGAAAUUGUUGGCGUUAAUGGUCAGUCAGUCAAGGGACGGACAAAAGUGGAAGUUGCUCGAAUGAUACAGUCUGUUAAGAAUGAAGUCAUUGUUAAUUACAAUAAGCUUCAUGCUGACCCUAAACAGGGCAAGACACUGGACAUAAUCUUGAAAAAGGUGAAGCAAGUGGUUGAAAAUAUGAGCUCCAAUACUGCUGAUGCUCUGGGUCUCAGCCGAGCAAUCCUUUGUAAUGAUGGCCUGAUCAAAAAGCUGGAGGAGAUGGAAAAGACAGCAGAAACUUACAAUGGACUCAUCAACCACACCAAGAGACUGUUAAAGGCUACAUUUGAGCUUUCACAGUCUCAUAAAGCAUUUGGUGAUGUGUUCUCGGGCAUUGGAGUUCGUGAACCACAGCCUGCUGCUAGUGAAGCAUUUUCUGUGUUUGGUGAAGCUCACCGCAACAUGGAAAAGUUUGCUAUUCACAUGUUAAAGACUGUGAAACCAAUGAUCUCUGAUCUCAACACCUUUCUGCACAAGGCAGUACCAGACACGCGCCUUACCAUCAAGAAGUAUCUAGAUGCCAAGUUUGAAUACCUGUCAUACUGCUUGAAAGUGAAGGAGAUGGAUGAUGAAGAAUACAGUUAUGCAGCCCUGCAGGAACCCUUGUACAGAGUGGAGACUGGAAACUAUGAGUACCGGCUUGUGCUAAGAUGUCGUCAGGAAGCACGGUCUAGGUUUGCCAAGAUGCGUUCCGAUGUGCUGGUCAAAAUGGAACUACUGGACCAGAAACAUGUGCAAGACAUUGUAUUCCAGCUUCAGAAGUUUGUGACAGCCAUGUCCAAGUAUCACACUGAUUGCCAUCAAGCCAUGGCUGGGGCUGUUGUCUUCCCCAUUGAGGUGGAUCUCACAAGAGGGACCUUUACAUAUGAUACCUCAGGGCAGUUCAAUGAUGGACAGGAUGAUGACGAAGAGGAAGAAGUUGGAGUGGAUGCAUCUUCUACUGGUGACAGUAACAAUACUGUUGCUGUAACUGGCAAUCUCAUCAGUACAGAUUAGGACUCUGGGGUACAAGCUGUCGAUUGAUGCAAUUGCACUUACUGAUCUGUAGAAACUCUUCAUUGUUGUUUAGUUCAGAGAAAGCAUAAACUCUUGCUCAAUUUGGCUUCAAUGUGGUGAUAACCUAACAUCUCUGUCUACUGUGGUAGCAGCAGCUACAUGGGAGAGACAUUCCAAGUCUGGUUAGAAUCUCACUAAAGAUGAAUAUUUCUAAGGACCUGAUCCGCUUUGGGGUUGUUUUUUUUUUUUUUGUUUUGUCUCAAGCUGGCCUGUAAGGUGUAGGCUUAUCUUAAUCUAUGAGCAAAAGUUUCUCAGCAGCUUGGACUGGCAGUCACUAAUUGCAGAAAGUUUAGUCUUCUUGUACUCGAUGUCUAUGCUACAUUAGCACUCAUUGAAGUCAGGGGAAGUGAUGUUGACUUGUGACCAUUGCUUUCUCCUUGGUGUUCCAGUCCCAAAUCUGUGUAAAUUGUUUUCCUGUCUGACACUUGUUGUUGCAAGUCUUUCAUACCAUUGUACAUAUACAUUAUAGUUUUUUCUUGUUUAAAGAAUGAUCCAGGAAACUUUUUUUUAAAAUCAAGCACUUUUUAAAUUUAAUGCCUCAUUUCCUUUAUCAGUCCUGCUGUACGCACAGUUGAUUCAGUUCAAUGUUAUCUUAAAAUAUGUUCAUAGAAAUGCUGUGUUAGAGAAAAUUCUCUCAUUAUCAAAAUUAACGUGCUUCCCUACUUACAAAGAGAAAAAUUUGAGAAGCAGACUAGGCAAGACUGAGAAUGUUGCUUAUGAUGAUUCUGUACAUCUAUUUGCAAAAUAACAGGAUAAGUUUGAAACAGAUGGUGCAAAGAAUCCCAUUAAAGGGUAGAGAAUCUAUAAAUUUCGCAAGAUACAAUACUCUGGAAAGUAAAAGCUUGCUCUUUCAAAUCACUCAUUUCCUUUUUUUAAAUUCAAUGCUAGUGCUGUGGUACAUGGAUUCCAGUGUUACUGAUAACACUUGCUGAUCAUCCUCAAAUGUAAUAUUAAAUAAAAUUUGACCAUUCCCAAGUAGAAAAUCUACUGCCACAUUAAAACAGAUAUUUUGCUUGAAAUUUCAUGUUGGAGAUCAGCCAUGGUGGAAAUGAUUUUUUUCACAACUUUUAAUUGACCUGAAGAUAUUUGGGUAAUAGCAUCAUUCCAUGCUGUGUUGGGUUUAAGUUACUAGUUUAAGCACAGAAGUGUGCCUCAGUUGUUGAGAAUGUAGCAACAUGGCAGUGGGUGGCUCACAGCUCAUUUGGCCAUGCAAUCUGACCAUGAGGGGGUAUUGGCGUUUUUCGCCAAGCCAGCAACUAAGGCUAUUUCAACACAAGGCAGCCAGCCCUGUUAACAGAUGCCACACAUGCAGAGAAAAUCGCACGCCCGGGAAGAGAACUGAACCCAGGACAGGUAAUCGUCACUGUAUCUGUAACACCUGGAUGGAUCGCAGACAAUUUUUUUUAAGAAUGAGGCUAUCAACAGAACAGCUUCCGGUUUAGCAAAUAACAACAAUGGCAAAGUCUGGGAGAUUAACAAUAAAACAAACAGGAGGUGUUGUGUGGGUCGGUGUCAAAUAUUUUGGUGUAAGUUUUUUUUUUUUGCUUCCGCGGGCUGGUAUAUCCAAAGAGCAAGAUGAGUGGUGAGCAGCUUCAUUCAUACUCUAGGCCAUUCAGAUAAAAGUUUAAAUCUAUUGAACCAAGAUUUGUUUGAAGUGGAAGUCUCAAUUGCUCACCAAGACUUGCAGCAGAGAACUUGGGCAGCCUCUUACCAAAAUUGUGGUUGAUGGAUGUGGGCAAGAUGAAGAAAACCUCCCCCCCCCCCCCAAAAAAAAAAG